CAGUGCCAUACUAAAAUCAUUACAUUAUUUUCUACACGGUGUACAAAAACAAGACAAAAUGUCGUACGCUUAUCUCUUCAAAUAUAUUAUUAUAGGAGACACAGGUGUCGGAAAGUCAUGCCUUCUUCUACAGUUCACAGACAAGAGGUUUCAACCUGUACAUGAUCUUACAAUAGGUGUUGAAUUUGGAGCCAGAAUGAUAAACAUUGAUGGAAAACAGAUAAAACUGCAGAUUUGGGACACUGCUGGUCAAGAAUCAUUCCGGUCAAUUACACGGUCCUAUUACAGAGGAGCAGCUGGUGCCCUGCUGGUUUAUGAUAUAACAAGGCGAGACACAUUUAACCACCUGACCACCUGGUUAGAAGACGCCCGUCAGCAUUCCAGUUCUAAUAUGGUGAUCAUGCUCAUCGGAAACAAAAGUGAUCUGGAGGCAAGACGCGAUGUCAAGAAAGAGGAGGGUGAAGCAUUUGCGAGGGAGCACGGUCUGAUCUUCAUGGAGACAUCAGCCAAGACGGCAGCCAACGUUGAAGAAGCCUUCAUCAACACGGCUAAGGAGAUCUACCAGAAGAUUCAGGAAGGCGUCUUCGAUAUCAACAAUGAGGCCAACGGCAUCAAGCUAGGACCCCAGCACUCACCAACAAACCCCACGCUACCAUCACAAGGGGGCGGUCAACAGGCCGGAGGGGGCUGCUGCUAAAAAUAGGUCCUCACAUUUCCAAACAAAAAACCAGGGAGGGUGGCAUUACAAGUAACACGCGUAUUAUAUUCUAUGUUUAGACUUCAUGUGCAACAACCGGUGUAAAACUUAUUAUUAAAAAAAAAAAAGUAAAAAAAAAAAGGUGAAAAUAUGUAGUAUAUUCUGGUUAUGUAUUCCAAACGCCCGAGAGAGGAAAAAGGGAUUGUUUUUUUUGAGUUGUGGACAUCGAUAACCUUCCAUGAAUGUUUUUUGCAUCCCACAUGGAACUAUGUUUCUAGUUUUGAAGUUCUUACCAAAAUAAACGCACUACUUGUGAUGUGAUUGUAGAUGAGCGUGCUUGUACAAAGCUCAGCCGAUCUCAUUGCUUUUGAAACUACUUGUGAGAUGUGCAGUGUAAUGUAUGUAAAGAGUCUUUUCCUGAGCCUUUAGGUGGUGUUUUAGACAACAAAUCCAAUUAUUACAAAUGCAUCGGGCAAUCUAAUUGGAAAACAUAAUGCAUGGUUUGUAAUUCCCAAUUUAAAAAUUGGAUAACUGCAGAUAGUGUGGUGAACCGUACAUAGUUUGGUCAACUGUACAAAAUGUGGUUAUCCCUACAGAGUGUGGUCAACCGUGCAUAGUGCGGUAAACCAUACAGAGUGUGGGUAACUAGCUUUUAUGUUAACUACAUUGUUUGUACUUACACAUUAAUUAACUUCUACAGAGAACCAUGGAUCCAAACCUGGUUUACAGAGCUUAGCUAACUAGUUAACUAGUUAACCAUACUUCGAUUGAGUCAUACUUUGAAUAACUGGUUAACUUGUUCAAAGUUUUGUAUGGUAAACUUGUGUUCUCCGACUUUCAAAAAGGCUUCAUUUAUGCGGAUGUAUAAUGAAAAAUAAAUCAAAAACUUGUUUUAAAAGAAAGUUUAUUUUAAGAAAUUAAAGUGCACAAAGUGCUACUGGAUGGUCAAAUGUAUGUGACCCCAAAACCACGUGAGGUUCAACCAGUGAAAUGUUUUCAUUUUCCUACUUGAGGUUUUCAAUAACUGAGUGGAUAUGACAGAAGUCCCUUGCACAUUGUGAACCAUGGGUAAGUUUUCGUGGUCGUAACCAAAAACUGUUGAACUUGCGGUUGGUUGAUCACUGGCCAUUGAGCGAAACAGUUUAUUGGUAUCGAUCGAUCGGCAAAAUGGACUCCAGUACAAUUGCGGUUGGUUGAUCACUGGCCAUUGACUGAAACAGUUUAUUGGUAUCGAUCGAUCGGCAAAAUUGACUCCAGUACAAUUGUGACAUCAAAAGAGAACUUCUUCUGAAAUUUUUAUCGACCCGUUCUGACAAAAUUGUCUUUCGGUGUAAGUUGUAUCCAUAUUAAAAAAUGUACAUGUACCAUACAAUGUAUUGCUUUCUUCCUUUUGAGAUUUGAAAAAAAGAGAACGGUUUUAAAUACCAUUGAAGAAGUCUUCUUUGUUAGUACGGAGUAGUUCUAUUCAGAACCAUCAAGCAUAGAAAACUGUAACAAUAGAUCAUUUUUGUCUUAAUUUGUAAGUUAACACUUCAUGUUAAGAAUUCAAAUUAAAAACAUUCAUAUAUUAAUCAAGCUAAACUAAAGGUUUUUUAAAAAAACUUUCUUUGACUGUAAUUACCUACAGCUCUAGAAGUAUGCCUUAUCAUAUUUUAUAUAUAAGGCUAAAUAUUAUAAAUACUAUGUAGGAAAUCAAAUGAAGAUUGCUUCUUCAACAUGGCUUGUUAAUCGCUCUAUCGUUUCCUUUUUCCCAUAUGAAAUGUCUUUCCUUCCACCAUUUCACUGCGUACAUGUUUUCUCCUUCAGUGGAGACUUUUUUUGCAAGUUAUUUUACAAAAAGAUCACUUAGACAAUGAUUAAAACAGAAAUUGUGUUACUUUUUGAUAAACUUUCAUGAAAGAGUAAUUCAUAAAAUUACUGCAUGGGAUAAAAUCCAUUGAAAACAAAUAGUUAUUAAACAUGAAAUUCUGGGUAAAGAAUACACCAUAAUGGAAUGAAAAGCACAUUGAGGUUGAUGUUGUAGAUCCUUUAUGUCACGAUUUAAGACGAAAAAAAAUGUAUAUAUAUUAACAUGAUUAAUAUGCUUUGUGCACAGUGAAUGUAA